AUGACAGCUAAGGAUAUGCUCACAUUUUUAGUGAAUUGGUGGCUGAAGUUUCCUGAAUUCAAAUCUCGGGAUCUGUUUCUUACUGGGGAGAGCUAUGCAGGGCACUACAUACCACAACUUGCUGUUGCUGUUGCUGUUGCUGUUGCUGUUGCUGUGUUGGAUAAUAAUGCUCGUUCAAAGAACUCAAAGCUCAACUUGAAAAGACUUUCUAUUGGAAAUCCACUUCUUAUACGAGUUCUUCUGGUCUCAUGGGACCCAUGCAUUCUGAACUACAAUGACAAUGAUGGCAGCUUGGACAUGCUUCCUCUGCUUAAAAGGAUACUCUCGAAUGAUCAAGAUUCUGUAGUGCCACUGAUUGGCUCCCGUACCCUUGUUCGUGAGCUUGCUCAUGACCUUAAAUACAAGGCCACUGUCCCUUAUGCAGCUUGGUUUCACAAAGGACAGGUAGGAGGUUGGGCAACUGAAUAUGGAAACUUACUGACAUUUGCGACUCUGACAUAUGGUACCUUAUGCACAGACAUCAAGGGCUUUGCACCUCUUCAGUUCAUUUAUUCGACUAAAUUAUCCAUGGGUGGUUAA